UUUGUUCUUCCAAGUGUUGCUAAAAUCGCGAUGCUGACUUUCCUAAUGUCUUUAAGAUUUUGAUGGGAUAGUGCUAAUAUUGACCCCCUAAUGUUAGCUAUCUUAUUACAUAGAAGAUAAAACAAGACAGUGUUUUCGUCAUAUCAAACUCAUUACAGAUGCCAGGGGCCUACAGUUCUGAGUCUGUCGAAAACAGAAACAAUUUCUUCAGACAGUUGAGAUGUACAGUUUUAUGUCAGUGUAGAUGCCGAAAGGGACUGAGGGGACACUGGGGGGAGAGUUAAUAGCUUGUGUUUCUUGGGUGAAUAUCUCACCACCCUGGACAUGAUGGGCCCUCGGCGGAAAUCCACCAAGAUACGAAGUGCUGGAGGAGGAAUGAGGGCUUGCAGCAUUUUGCAGGAGGUGGAGCCCAAAGAUUACAUGAAUGAACUUUCACAUGAGGUGCUCUGCCAUAUAUUCCGAUAUCUGCCAAUGCAGGACAUUAUGUGUAUGGAGUGUUUGUCACGGAAGCUCCAGGAAGCAGUUACUCUGUACUUGCGGGUGGUCAAAGUGGUGGACCUAUGUGCCAGUCGGUGGUGGGAGUACAUGCCUUCAGGAUUUACAGAUUCAAGUUUUCUCACACUCUUGAAGAAGAUGCCUGAUUUGGAGCAGUUGUAUGGCUUGCACCCACGUUACUUAGAACGCAGAAGAGUCAGAGGAUAUGAGGCAUUCAGUAUUCCUGGUGUUGUAGAAGCUCUUCAGACAUGUCCUAAUCUUUUGGGGGUGGAGACAUCUCAUUUGGAACUGGUGGAAGCAAUAUGGAACUACAUGCCUCAGGUCCACAUCCUUGGGAAGUUCAGGAACCGCAAUGGGGCCUUUCCUAUUCCACCAGAGAACAAACUCACUAUUCCAUUUGCAGCUAAAAUCCAGACCCUCCAUCUUGUUGGAGUUAAUGUUCCAGAAAUUCCUUGUUUGUCCAUGCUCAAACACUUGUACAUGAAGUGGGUGCGUCUUACAAAGCCUCAGCCCUUCAAAGACUUUUUGUGUGUGAGCCUGCGUUCGUUCGUCAUGAGGAACUGUGCUGGUCCUACCAACUCCUUGAAGUAUGUGCCAUUAGUGACAGGCUUGGCUUCUGCCCGCAAUUUGGAGCAGCUAGAACUAGUGAGGGUCCCUUUCUUGGGGGGACUGAUACAACAUGUGGUGGAAGACAGCUGGAGGUCAGGGGGAUUUCGUAAUUUGCACACUAUUGUAUUUGGUGCCUGUAAGAAUGCACUUGAAGUUGACUUGGGCUACCUCAUCAUUACUGCUGCACGCAGGCUGCAUGAAGUUCGAAUCCAGCCUUCAUUAACCAAAGAUGGGGUAUUUUCGGCACUGAAGAUGGCUGAACUUGAGUUUCCUCAGUUUGAGACUUUGCACCUGGGAUAUGUUGAUGAAUUCUUACUGCAAUGUAAAUUGAGUCAUACCGAGUUAGUGAAAUAUGGUCUUGCUGACGUAAUAGAGAAUCCAGGAAUCAUCACUGACAUUGGAAUGAAGACUGUUAAUGAAGUGUUUACUUCCAUCAAAUAUCUAGUAAUCUAUAACUGCCCGCAUCUUCACAACCCAAACAACUGGAUCACAGAUCAUUCUCGCUGGAGCAGAUUGGUGGAUCUUACACUAGUGCGCUGUCAUGCAGUUAAACUUGAGUCCUUCAGCCAAUUUAUUGAAAUGCUGCCCAGUCUGGAGUUCAUCUCCUUAGACCAGAUGUUCCGUGAGCCCCCCAAGGGUUGUGCUCGUGUUGGUCUGAGUGCGGGCACCGGUAUUGGCGUAUCCUCUGCUCUGGUUAGUAACCAGAAUCCUAACAACGACAAUGACAACAAUAACAAUCACCAGAACAAUGAUGCCAAUAUUCCUCCGCAUGAUCGUGACAAUGAUGUUGAUAUGCCACCCCACAGAGUUGAGGAGAUUCCUGAUGUAGAUGGCAUGGCAGUGGAGAAUAUUGAGCCUGAGCCACAGGCAAUGGCUGCCAGUCCAGAGGAGCAGGCACUGGUCUGUCAGGCACCAAAUCCAGGGGAAGAAGAUGAAGAGCAAGCAGGACCCAGUGGCGUGCAGCCCACCAUGAAGAAAAUUCCUGUUGUUGUGUCUGAUUCUGACAGUGAGGAUGAGGAGGGUCCAGUCAGGAUCCAGGGAGCAUUUCAUUCCCAGCAGUUCCCUGAGAGAGACAGGCAGAAAAAAAGUGGUACUGAAGAAGAAUCAGUUACAACAGGCAAAGGGAAAACCCCACUUCGUCGACGGGGGGCUCAGUGUCCCAGCUGUGAGAAAGGCUGCCAGGUAACUAGUGAGCAGAUCAAAGCAGACAUGAAAGCAGCCAGUGAAACAGCAGAUAGUAGUAGAGACAGAAAUAGUGGGGCUGCUGGCCACGCCACUGGUGGGUGUGUGUGCUCAAUCCGCUGGAGAGAGGAGUCAAUAAACCCAGAGAGACGAGGAGGCUCAGAAGGUCGGCAGGAAGGCACAAUGAGGACAUGUUGCACAUGCAGCAGGUCUCACUCAGGCUCUCAGAGAAGCAGUCGCACCACCCUCAGCCAUCCAUCCGAUGGAGAAAGCAGCAGAUCAGCCUGCCAUUACCCUGAGCAGACAGCCCAGACAGAAAAGUCAGAGAUCAGGCACAACACUGCUCCCAAUAGCAGUCUGAGCUCCACUGAGGGGUGUAGAGAAAAUUCUUCAGGCCUUCAAGGUGAAGUGAUGCCUCCACAAAGAAUGUCAAGGGACAUGUUUUCCAGACGGCCGGUCACCCGUGCUUGCAGCAGGCAGUGCUCUGUCCCCCUUGUGUCAGAGUCAGAGCUUUCCAAAAGUAAGCCACGGGUUGCAGUGAAACGGAAACGCACAGCAGAUAAGUCCACUAGCACAAGUGACCCAGUGACCGAGGAUGACCAUGUACAGGUGCUUGCGCUAAAAUCCAAAAACCUAGUGGGAAUUACACUCACAAACUGUGGCAUCACAGACCUGGUGCUGAAGGACUGCCCUAAAAUGAUGUUUGUUCAUGCCACUCGCUGCCGGGUGCUGAAGUACCUAAAGGUGGAGAGUGCUCCCAUUGUGAAUCGCUUUGAUUAUGCUCAGUGCAAGAAGUUGGACAUGGAACAAGUUCUAGACCAGGUUUUACGCAUACCCCCUGAGAGAAAUCGCAUUGUCUACAUGCGUCCUAUGCAGCAGAUUGACUCAUUGGCUCUGGAGAGAAAGCUGUUCAGUGGUCCUUACCCAUACCACAUUGCAUUUAUUCAUGAGUUCAGCAACCCUCCCAACGUCCGGAACAAGGUCCGUGUGCGGAGCUGGAUGGACACUGUUGCUAACAUCAGUCAAGAACUAAUAAAGUAUGAAUUCUUCCCGGAGGCUACAAGAACAGAAGCGGAUGUAAAAAAAUAUCCCAACUACCCUUGGGGCAGAGACAUCUAUACCGUAGAGGGAGUAGUAGAUGGCGCUCCCUACUCAAUGGUCACGGAUUUUCCAUGGCUUCGCUCUCUGCGUGCAGCAGUACCCAACAGUUAUGCCCGUUACGACUUUGAGGAUGAUGAAAGCUCCACCAUCUAUGCCCCACGACGUAAGGGCCAGCUUUCAGCUGAUAUCUGCAUGGAGACGAUUGGUGAGGAGAUCUCAGAGCGGCGUCAGAUGCGGCUAGGUGUGUUCCAACGUGUGGUUGUCAUAUUCAUUCACUACUGUGACAUGCAUGGGGAACCUGUGGAUGAUGACUACAUUUAAAACAUUGUUAGUGGAUCUGAUGUGCAUGAACACAGAUGACUUGUUUCAUACUCCUGCUGGAUCAUCUGUAUUGCCCUCUUUUUGCCCACUUAUGCCUUCUGGAAAGAGGUGAAAAGGAAAUUUCUGUUGUUUUUGGCUUGUGUGCUCCACAUACACAGGGGAUGUUAGUUGGUCGGUGUCUUGCUGCACACCUGUCUGAUACAUUGCAUAAAUUUGACUGUGUUAGUAGUUUUUGUAAAAUAGUUGCACUUGUGCAAAUAUUAGUAAAUCUGCCCCCAGUCUUUUGCUUCUUCACUUGUUAAUUAUAUGCAGGGCGCUCAAUCCUGUAUGUCGAGAAUACUGUAUUCCCACUGUGGAGCAGCAGUGUUUCCGUGCCAAAUUUUCAGCUUCUACCUCUGUUGAUGGGGCAAAGACAUCAGCAAACUAUAAGUGCAUUCUUAAAAAGUACCCAGAUUUCUCUUUUUGCUUGUCCUUCUUUUAAGUAAGCUAUGUUUUAUUCUUUCAUCUUUCAAACAUUAGCCGAUAAGUUUAGUUUUGAUUAGAUUGGUCUAUGUGCACUGUGAGCAUUAGUGUAUAUUUCACAGGUUUUGGUUUCCUUUAGUAUGUACUUAAACAAUAGAUUGAAUAUCAUUAGUCUUUUCUUAGAGUGAAGAUUUUCUCCCCAAAGUUUUGAAGAGUUAAUUGUUAAAAAAAAAAUGUAGUAUCCACUGCUCAUGUAAUGCUGACUAGAUAAACAUGAGAACAAAAUUUUUGCUCUUGCUAUCAAACUAUGUGGCUGUGUAGAUACUACUACCAUACCAAACACUGCAGAAACCUGUGUAUAAAACCUAUACAGAGAUAUACCUUUACAUUAUCUCUUGAAAAUGGUUUUAUAUGUUUAUAUAAAAUAAAAAUUCACAUAAUAAAAAGGGAGAAUCAUUUCUG